AUGCGUACAUUAAUCUCUUGGCUGAGCUACACGAUCCUCGUGCUGCUGUUGGCCCUGCAUCAGGCACAAGCUGCCACGCUGGUGUACCAUCAGCCUACGGCGGUGGUCUAUCAUCAUCAGCCCGUCACGGGGGAGGAGCAACAACAUCCUGGCUAUACCAUUGUGGCGCCGCUGACGAAGAUCGCGCAUGUUACCUACGAUUCGGUGCCCAUUUCUCACACACCCUUCGAACAUGUGCCGCUGUUCCAGCGCAUUGGCCACGUGAAGAGCGUGCGGAUCUAG